UGGUGCCACGAACGGCCAGCAGGCCCCGAGAAGACCUCUUCCAUGCGGCAUCUACGCCCCGACCAUGACCUUCUUCGAUGCUGAGACUGAAGACCUCGACAUUCCCACCAUCAAGAAACACGCUGCACGUUUGGUCAAGGAUGGACUUGCUGGUCUGGUAACGAUGGGCUCCAAUGGAGAGGCUAUUCACUGUACACGAGAGGAAAAGGCAACGGUAACCCGCGCUACCAGGGAAGCGUUGGAUGAGGCUGGUUUCAAGGACACACCCAUUAUCGUUGGCGCAACGGAGGGCAGUGUUAGAGGAACAAUCGAGUUGUGCAGAAUCGCCCAGGAAGCUGGCGGCGAUUACGUGCUACUCCUCCCUCCCUCAUACUUCCGUUUCCUCAUGGACGAGCAAGCAAUUCACGACUACUUCAUCGCCGUGGCUGACGAGAGCCCUCUGCCGCUCGUUCUGUAUAACUAUCCCGGGGCUGUUGCUGGUAUCGACAUGGACUCGGACCUGCUGAUCAAGCUCGCCGCGCAUCCCAACAUUGUGGGCACCAAGUUCACCUGCGGAAACACCGGCAAGCUCACACGAGUGGCACAGGCAACUGAUGCCAAGACUCCCUGGGCAGAGGGAUCUGGCUACAUGGCAUUCGGUGGAAUGUGCGACUUCACUGUCCAGACCUUGGCCAGCGGCGGCAGCGGUAUCAUUGCCGGCGGAGCCAACGUAAUGCCCAAGGUGUGCGUCAAGGUGUGGAACUUGUAUGCGGAGGGCAAAAGUGAUGAAGCAAUUGCGCUUCAGAAGACUCUUGCAAAGGGCGACUGGUACUUGACCAAGUCUGCCAUUGCCGGCACCAAGCAGGCUAUUCAGAGCUACUUUGGAUAUGGCGGAUACCCGAGGCGGCCGCUCAAGAGGCUGGAAAAAGCCCGGGUGGCCACCAUUGAGGAGGGAAUCAAGGAGGUUAUGGAUAUUGAGAACUCUCUAUAGCCGAGAGGGGGGUGGAUGGAAGACAGGGGGAGGCGAUGGCAUUGGGCGGCCCUGGAAGAGGAGGGCUACGAAAAUAGGGGGCAGCAGGGCUUUCACGUCUCAAUGACCUAACUGAUGCAUUCGUGUCAUGGUCAAUGGCGGAAAGGGUUAAGAGGGACAAUUGCUGUAUGCACAAUCACGCAUGUAAUAAUACACAAAGCGGCCGACUUACAAACAACUCUCAUCAAGUUUAGAGAGAGAGCACAAUGUCCUUUAUUCACAACGCAGCCUAUCUAGCUUGGCAGUCAACGGUCG